CCAACUUGUGGAUAAGAGCUCAGGAUAGUGGAGAAGUAGCGUUAUUCAGAACUACCGGUCCCUUUGGCAUCCACACCAGUUUGUAGAUAAAAAACACUCUACGACUGCUUCAGAGCUUAAAGCAAUAGCCUGUCAGUUUUGCUACUGGUGGAUUCAAAGUAAGAAAGACAAGCAGAGGAAUGGAUCUCAGUUCAGGAAUCCAAAAGAUGUCAAUUAACCAGCAACCAUCAGGAAGAGGUGUGCCUUGUUUAAGAUGCAGAGGGAUGUGUGCUGGCUUCGAGCCACAUUCUUGGAGGAAAAUAUGCAAGUCAUGCAAGUGCAGCCCGGAAGAUCAUAGCCUAAGCUCCGAUGCAGAAGAUGAUCGGAAAAUUGGCCGCUUGCUCUCUGAUUCAAAGUAUUCUUCACUAACUGCCCGGGUAAAAGGUGGUGAUGGUGUCCGCAUAUAUAAAAGGAAUCGCAUGAUUAUCACUAAUCCUAUAGUGUCCCGGAAAGAUCCAACCUUCAACACUGUUACAUACGAAUGGGCUCCACCUGGACUGACUCAGAAACUGGCUACCCAGUACAUGGAACUGAUUUCAAAGGAAAUGCAGCCAGUGGCUGGUACAGAAGGUGCUUAUUAUCGCCGCAGGAGGCUUAUGAGACAGCUUCCGAUCUAUGACCAGGACCCUUCUCACUGCCAUGGCCUUUCAGAUAACGAAAUAAAAUUGAUGGAAGACUUUGUAAAGAAAUAUAAAAGUGAAGCUCUUGCAGUUGGAGAGGUUGCACUGCCAGGUCAAGGAGGAAUGGCCAAAGAAGAAGGGAAGCAUCCAGACAAAAAUGUUCCUGCCAGUAAGGAAACCAAUGGAACACUGGGAGAUGCACCCAAAAGGCAGGAAUUUUUCUGUGACCUCUGCAAACAUACACUGCCAAUGGAAUGUCCUGUGGUAUACGCAGACAGAGCAGGCUAUGAUCACCAGUGGCAUCCUGCAUGUUUUGUUUGCUCCAAAUGCUCUGAACCACUCGUGGAUCUGAUCUACUUCUGGAACAAUGGAGCCAUCUGGUGUGGACGCCAUUACUGUGAGAGCAUACGGCCACGCUGUGCAGCCUGUGAUGAGAUAAUAUUUUCUGAGGACUACCAGCAAGUUGAGGGCCUUGCCUGGCACAAACAACACUUUACCUGCCUGGAAUGUGAGAGCUCGCUGACUGGCAAACCCUUCAUCCUGGAUGCAUCUAACCUGCUGUGUAUGCCUUGUAGUAAAAACAAACCUACUUAAACAGCAUGUGGUUUCAGAAUCCAAAGUCUGUUUUCUGACUCAAACCAGACUUGACUUAAUUGGACAAAUAAUGGGGAGGGGGCCCUAAGGGAAGAAAGUCACUUCAUAUUGGAUUCGGACUACUGUGAUUAUUUUUGAGCAAGUAAUUAUAGGAAACUGGAAGAGAAAUGAUUACAUGGUAGGAAACACAUUGGGGGUAAAAUCUAGAGGAUGGAAUGUUCUAGAUAAAACCAAAUGUGUUGGAAACCCAGUGCUAUCAUGUUAAAUUAUACAGUGGCCGCAUGUUUAAAAAAAAUAAACCCAAUCCAGGAUGUUGAAAAACAACAAAUUCUUAAUUCAGCUGUCAGAUCUUGUUCCUUAUUACAGUGCUAUGUUUGCAGUAUAGACCAUCGCAUACUCAUUCCAGCUGAAUUAAUGGUUCUAAAUGGGAAAUAUUUAGAUGAGAAAAUGUUUUUGUCCUUGGCGUUCACAAGAGUUUUUUCCUUUGUUUUAAUGACUUAUCAGCUGCAAUGUGUCUUUGUUAAGAGACUACAGCAGUUGGAGAACAGGUGAAUUACUAUAGUGAACUAUUUAGCCCACAUACUGUGCAGUCAGCCGCCAAUCCAAGCAAUGGGAGUAGCAUUGCAAGUGUGAUUACUUAUUUUUAUUUUGUCGUGACAGAGCAGCCCCACCUUUUGGAAGCAGUGCAGUUGGAAUGUAGAGUGGCUAAGAAGGACACCUCUCACUUGGUCUGGUGGCUCACUACACAGCAUGGGAGCCAUUGUCCUUAAAAAGAACAUGAGAGUGCGUGAAUGGCUUGUACAGGCUAAUUGGAAUACACACACACACACACACAAACAUGGCAUACAAAACAUUCUAGCUAUGGUUAUAAUCAAAGGAAAUGUGUUGGCCUUAUCCUUAGUUUUAAAAGAUUUUGUUGGGAUACAUAUUAUUUUUUUAACAAGUCCUUUUCUUCCUCCCCCCAAAUAGAUUGUGUAUUGCAAUGUCAUUUCUUUUACACCUCCAUCCCCAGCCAUGUGUCUCCAUUGCUGCAGUCACAUGGUGGAAGUAAUGCAUGAGUGGGGGCAUGCUGACCAAUAUCCUUUUCUCAAAAGCUUAGUUUAUUCAACUUCUUUCCCUCCAAAACAGAUGAAAUAAUCUGAACAGGAUCUUUUGGAGACUAGAUGUUGGUGUACGUUACUGUGUGACUGUGGCAAUCGGGACCUUUCAUAUUAAGCCUAUUAACUAGACACACUAAUGAAUAUCGAUAGCUGUAUAUAGGUUUGAAAGUCCCUGUAAUCUUUCUUAUUUAAAUAUUCUGCCUAAUACUUCAUUUCGCUUCAUGUAGGAGUCUAGGAAAAUGGCAUGGUAAUGAAGUCUCUUGAUUUAAAAAAUGGGUGUACAUAUGACGUACCCAACACGGAAGCAUUGGCUCUGGUGAUAAGAAUACAUUGGAACCACCCAGUUCCUGUUUUUGCCCUUGGAAUCGCCAGCAAGGCGAAGUGGCAUGUUUUAUGAAGUUCUAUUUUGAUUCAGCAGAAAUGAUGCCUAUUUAUAGUAGUUGAGGGAGUUCACAUAAAGCAUAAAAACGUGUGUUUGCUGCUAAUCCUCUAAACAACAUUUGGCCAGCAAUAACUCCUAGGGCUAGAUGCUUCUUUAUACAGGAGGAAAAGAAACUACUUGAUACAGUGAACUGGAAAAUACCCUCAGUUAAUAAGAUUUCUCAUCCAGACAGAUAACCAGGUCAUCAUCUGCUAGACAUUUGUAUCUCUCUCUCUUUAGUAUAUCUGAAGCAUGACUGCUUAAAAAACGAGUAUGGACAAAGCUUAGAAGCCUUUGAUUCUAAAGAAACACAGAAUCUUGUCAUGGGCCAAUCUGUAUUAAAUAUACAAACCAGCUAUAAUGUCCCAGUAUGUUCUUCUGUGGCCAAAUAACUGCUGAAAUGGAAAGACUUAACAUAAAGGAAGAUCCAUCAGUACAAAUGAAUUGAACUGUGGACCUGAAUCCACUUUUAAACAAAAAAAAAACCCACCCCUCCCUCCAAUACCUGUGUAGCAGUAUUAAAAAUAUCAAGAUUGGGGACCAGUGUAAUCAAUUGGCUGUGGGAUAGCCAUGUAGGUUCAUUUAGUGGGACUACAUGGGGCCAUUUUAUCUGAUUAGGAUUGGACAUGUCUCAAGAUCAUCCAUCAUUUGACAGAAUCAUUAAAACUUUUGUUGUGCAAAUAACUUACUUUAGGCUUUAUCCCCUCUACCCAAGAUUUCAAAUGACGCACUCCUGAAACAAUACAAGAGCCAGAACUUUCUCCAGCAUGCUAACACUGCUGGGGACCAAGGCUUGAGUUCAGUGCUCUGAGCUGUACCCACCCUGCCCAAGCUUCUCCAUUCACUUCAGUGUUGGAGAAAACUUCAGCAGGAUAUUUUAAUAUUGAGAAAUCCUUGCAAACAUGUGAAGUAAGUUUCUGGAUUUAAUGCAAAAACUGCAGUCCAUUUGUACAAACAUGUUGGGGGUUGUCUGUCAGUGGUGACAGAGGAAUGCACCCAGUUGGAUUAGAUUUCCAUAGCCAGCAGUGAGUCUAACAGGACCAUGCAUUCAUACAAGCUACAUUGAAGUGUGUAUUUGGUGUGCAUUCAUUUUGUUGAUGCUUCCAUGGAGGAAAUUCUGGUGGAUAGUCUGGAGGUUGCAAACAGAAAUGUACUUAUGAAUAAUCUCAUUGACUCCCCCCCCCCCGAACAUAUUUACAAGUGUGUGUUGUUUACAAGUGUGGAACAGAAAUGCAUAACCUGCUCAGUCAAUAGUGGGUGAUAUGGAAAUUCUCUUCCUCAAAAGAAAUUGUUACCCCAAACAGAAUUUCUUAGCAGGUGGUUAUUGUUAAAUUGCAUAGAAAAUAAGUAACAGGAAAGUGCUCCUGUGAUGUACAGAUAUUACUGUAAAAUAAAUCAAUAUAACACUCUGAAUUUUUUGGAAAUGUUAGAAGCCUGUUAUUUGAAAUAUUAAAAUGGCUCUAAUGCAGGCAUCUCCAUGGCCUCUUCCCCCAAUAGAGUUGUAUCAUCUUUUGGGGGGGAGUAAAUUAGUGUCUUUUUAUAGAGUCCCUUAUUCUCUACACCAGGGUUUUUCAGGUCCUCCGAUGCUGAAUUACAGCUUGCAUCAUCCUUAGCCAUAACAGCCAUUGUGGCUAAGGAUUAUGGGAGUUGUAGUCCAACAACAUGGGGACCCAAUAAUCCUUGCUCCAUGCACGUGUAAAGAAUAAGAUGGUAGGCUGGGGUGGUAGAAGCUCCUCCUGCUGUGCUAUACUACUUUCAACCUUUUAUGUAUUCAGUGGCUGCAUUAGCCCACUUAGCUAUAUUUAGAAAAAGAUGGGCAAAGGCUAUCCUCUCCCACACUGUAACAUCAUUCUGUGGGCCCUUAAUGUUCACUUUGCAUGUAAUUCCCCUCUGGUGCCAGAACACUGACCCUUGCUCCCGCCAUCACCUGCAAAGAAGUGAGCAGCAUUGUAUUCCUCUGAAACAAAGCUCCCCUCCCUCAUACACAUGAACAAGAUGUUAUGCUACUGAUGCAGGAGCAAGUUCACACUUGGGGGGAUAUUCCCAUGCCGGAACAAAACCAGGCUAAGGAAGCCCAGUGCAUGUGAACCUCUGGGAGUCAUGUGGCUCAUGGCGACAAACCUGCUUAAGCGUGUUGCCCCAUUUUUGAUCGGCAAACCUGCUUAAGCAGCCCACCUCUUAGCCUGGGUUUUGAGUGUGAGGGCACCCAGAAACCAGGCUUGGUGCUCAUGUGUCAGUGCCACAUGGGCACUGAUAUGUGAGUAGCCUCCCGGACAGUGCCGUGAGGCUCCCCAUAAUGCACCACACUCUUGCGCAGUGCAUUAUGGGAGUUCCAGGGGCCUCCCAGCCCCCAAACCUUCUGGCUGCCAGUAGCAGCUGGCAAAUGUCUGAGCAAGCAAUCCGCUCGCCCAGCCAGAAGAGCAAUCCGCUCGCCCAGUGGCUUCCUCCCCUCACCCCUUUUGAGCCGUUUCUCCAACUGUGAGCAAGGGCUCCUUAUUUGCGUAGAAGGGCCCCCAUCCUUCAUUAAACAGAUAAUCAGUUAAGUUGAUACAGGUGUGUGUGUGUGUGUGUGUGUGUAGGUAGUGUGUUCUUAUGCAUUCUUUCUCAAACCAGUGGUUGACAUUCUUAACAAGUACACUUACUAGGAGGAUCUGCAGGGAUGUGACAGGAGGUUUGGUGAAACUCCUCCAGUCCUGUGCAUGUGCUGUUGUGCCAGACGGCAAAGACUUGCCUGUGUGCCAUAACAGAGGAAAAACAUUGCGGAGGGUCAGCACGUGUUUCCUCUGCUACCGAGCACUUCCGGAGGACAGGCAGCCCUUUGGUGCAACAGCCCACAAGGAGGAGGAGGAGGAGCAGGGAAGUGGCAUGUGGGCUCCCAUUGCAGAGCCUCCCAUGGAUCCACUCCAACCUUGCUACAUCCCUGUUCCUAAUGCAUGUGCUUUGUUGGGAUGUCAGCCAGUGUCUCUAACUAGAGAUGCCGGAAGCAAUUUGUCUGAAAUUUGUUUUUCUCAGCAGCCUGAAUGGAUGUAACAGGGGACGUAAAAGUAAUGAGUAGACAUUACAAUGAGCUUGGCUACCAUCCAUGCAAACAAAGGACUGCAUUGUUUGAAGAAACCGAUCUCUCAGUAUAGAAACCAAUAGCUCUGGAUGCCUUUGUGCCCUAAUAUGAACUGAGCAGGCUCUCUGUGGCCAAGAUCUCUCUUUUAAAAAUGUACCUGGCUAUAAAACAUGCUGCGGUAGUGCCACUGCCAGGGUCAUUCACACCGGCGGGAAGGCUGCACCAUCUUUCCUUCCUCCCAGACGAUCCCAGAAAUGCUGCUGGGAGUGCAGACGAUCUGUGUUGCACCAUGCAGCGUGGAGCUCCGGAGGCUAGGGCAAUGCAUCCUGUCCUCCAGAUAUAUCACAAUGCACUGUGCCAAUGAGUGCAUUGACAAGAUUCCCCAUAAAAUGGGUGCUUUAGGUGCCCAUCCCUGUGUCUUCUCAGGCUGUGUGUAGCCCAAGAGACACAUGGGUUAAGGGAGCUUAGGAGUGGGGUUAGGCUGGGCAUGAGCAGCCCAGCCCAGCCCGUGAGAACAGCCUCCGAAUAAUUUCUGAUAUUGCAUCAAUACAACACUUGUUACAUGCUGUCCUAAGCAAUCACUUAGUAUUACAGCAAAUCUUGAAUUUUGAGAUGUAAAACUAAUAACUAGCAGGUCUAUGGGAGUGCUUGGAAAUGCACAGCUAAGUGUUUGGGGCUGAUCUUAUUUCAGUGGGAUUGUAAAUGCCCUUGGAAUUGUGCCUAAAAUUUUUUAUAACAUUGGUGAGAUCUGAGAGCUGCAAACAACUUUUUAAAAAAUACGCAGCAGUAAAUGCAUAAAGACACUUUGCUGUUAAUGGUGUUUAGGAAAGUAGAUCUUAUUCUAGCAAAUGUUAGAAAUUGCAGUCACCCUUCAUCUGUGCAAGGGUAAGGACCAAGAGGUGCAAUAAAAUCCUCUUCCCUCCUUAGCUAGCCCUUUGUGUGCAGCCAUUUCACAGACUGGAAGGGCUGCUGCUCAUGCCUUAUCCAGCCAUUUCUCCCCAGUGUUUCUCUGUAAUUAACUCAGAGCCUGAGCUCCAGCAGCUUGCAAACCAGGGUACCAGAAAGGAGAGUGAAUGGAAGUGUGCAUGGCCCGUCCAGUCUGGGUGAUAACCAGAAUGCUGCAGCGCGCAUGUAUCUCUACAAAUAGGCCAAGGUGCAGGGAGAGAAGGGGACUACUUUCAGCCCUGUGCUGAUCACUCUCCACAUAAAGAUGAAUCAUGCCCUACAAAUGUACACAUGCCUAGUUUGAGAAGUAAAUAAUAGGCUUAUCUUAAAAACAUGCUCCUUAUAUUGGCUUAAGAUGGAUCAUAAAGUCUGCUGCAGCAAAAAGUUACAAAACGCAGGCAUAAGUCUCUACGCAAGCUGCUUAAAUCAGAUUGCAUGGCCUAACUAUGAGCAGAAUAGCCCAUGACAUCACACUGGCAUUGAUGGAUAUUCUGAGUACUGAAAUAAUGUAACCCACAAAAAAUAGUUGACAGAGCGAUGCUUUCUUUAAGGCAACUAAUCAAGUUCUGAUUCACUGGAUGUUCUUGUGCUUUGGAAAAUCUUAUCCAUGGAAUUUUAAUUACCAGCCUGAUAGGGCAAAAUUCACCAAAUCCUGUAUUUUCCUUGUAAAUGGGUAUUGCAAGUGAAGCAGUACUGGGAGGAUUAUGCCCAUCAGUUCAACAAGGUUUUAUAUAUGUAGAGUGUGAAUAAUAGUCAUGUCUGUUGUUGUGAAAUUAAAAUAUGUAACACCUUCUAUUCCUAAAAUUUAACUGACAAGACAUGAAAAUGUUCCUAAAUGCUUAAAUAAAGGAUUCAAAAUGAAA